CUGGUCAUUGAUUCGUUCUCCUCAGAAAUACAUGCUGUUGAGAGGUUGCAAUCGGCAUGCAGUCAUACAGAAUUAAACAUAUUCACCGGUGUCGACGAUCAGCGGCCUCAACAGCUGGUCCAUUACAUCAAAAGCGUCACGCCACCAUAUAUCCCGGAAACCACCGACAAAAUAAUAUGGGACUCUUGCUAUGCAGAUGGUGAGCUAAAGGUCGAUCGCCUGUCUGGGUAAAAGCUUGACUUGAACGUAUGCUAUAUUAACCUUGGUCUUGUCCACAUGCCAUUCAAGAACGACAAAGACAAGUCAUCUCUUGCGUCUAGAUCCCCGAACCAUACCCUUAUGAGCCGUUUGCGACUCGAAGAGCCUGAGGAUACGAGAAAAAUAGAGUUGGCGAAACUCUUUGAUCCAGUUAAAAUCGACAAGAUUGAAAAGCAUGUCAGAAGGGUUCUUAUUUAUGGGCGUGCAGGAAUUGGAAAAACUACUCUGUGUAAGAAGAUUGUUCAUGAAUUUAAACAAGGCAGACUUUGGAAAACGAAUUUCGACAGACUUCUUUGGAUUCCCCUUCGCGAACUCAGCGGCCUCAAAGGUCAACAAGCGACCCUGGAAACGGUCCUGAAAGCGAGAUUCUUCAAGCAUGGUGAUCACCACCAAGAGCUUGCUAAAAGGAUAGGCGACCAAUUGAAGUUGGAAAAGUUCAAAAGGACUCUCUUCCUUCUAGACAGCCUGGACGAGGUCGCUUCGAACUUGGAUGAUUCUAAUUCAAUCUCCUUAUUACAAUACCUAAUCAACAGCCCCAACGUCAUCAUCACAUCGCGCCCUCACUUUGGACUGCCAACAUAUAUGAGCCCUUUCGACAUCGAGGUGGAGGUUGUGGGGCUCGCUCUCGAUCAAGUGGAUGAUUAUAUUGAGAAGUCGACAUAUGAUUCGCCAGAGGAGAUUCGGAAGUUCCUCCGAAUGAAUAAACUCGUUCGUGAUCUACCACGAAUCCCGAUUCAGCUUGAAGCACCGUGCCAUACCUGGAACUUGAAAGGCAGCAAAUGGGAUGAAACAGGGCCACCUAGAAGCAUGACGGACUUGUAUCAAGCAAUGGAAAUCAAGCUUGCGCAAAAGGACUUGGAGAGUGGCAAUCCACAAGACCAGAACAACGCCAGUGGGAGGAGCAGGGGUGAUGUCAAGAAAGAAAGCACAAAGUUUACCAAUUUCCUGAAAGCUCUCGCUUUCGCAGGUAUGUGUCUUGGUGAAGUUAAUUUCGACAAUGGCUUCCGCGACAUGAUACGCCCACAUUUCGGCGACCAAUACUGUGUGGAUGACGCAUUAACCCUCCAAGGCCUAUCCUUCCUACGCUCGUCGAGCUCCUCGCCAAAAGAACGUGUUCGAGAUUAUGCAAGUUUUUACUUCCUGCAUUUGACAUAUCAAGAGUAUUUCGCUGCCCAGUAUUUUGUGCAACAGUGGUUGGAGAAGAAGCCCUUGAUAGUAUUGUCAUCAGAUCGUCCCAGGUCCAGGAAAGAGGCUUCAGUCGAGGAGUUUCUCCAUGAGAACAAGUACUUACCAGCAUUUGAUGUCUUUUGGAGAUUUGUCUGUGGUCUGCUUCCUCAAAUCUCUCAGACAGAAUUCUUCACCCUUGUUAGCCAGCGACCUGAUAUCUUGGGCCUCGCACAUCAGAGGUUGAUCAUGCAUUGCCUAGUCGAAGCGAAACCAACUUUUGAGGUACAAUAUCAUUUACAGCACCAACUGGGAAACUGGGCAUAUUUCCAACUUUGUCAAGAGGGCUCGGAUAGUAAGCUGGCUGAGGAAGCUGAGUUUCCCGAAUCCGCUAUUCACCGAAUUCUGACGGACACUACUUUCAGUGAUGCCUGUAUGAUCCUCGACGUUUUAUCAAACCGAGAUGCUCUUUCGAGUUCGGUAUUGGCAAAAGUCCUCCACCGUGCUGUGAUAGAUAGGAAAAGCAUGCCUGAUUGGAGUCUUGGCAUAUCAAUACUGGCAAAAUCUAGCCUGCCCGAAAGUCUCAUAAGCACGAUCUUGAAAAGCGCAGCUCAUGCGGAUACCAGGAUCGCACAUGCUGCUAUAGAACUCCUGGCGAGACAGCAACUCCUAUCUCGACUUUCGCCCGAGAUUUUGCAGCGAUAUGCACAGAACACUAGUUUUUCUUCCGAUAUGAGUAUCUUACGUAAUUCAUCUUCUCUCGAAGUAUUUCUUCCAUACCUACCAUCUUGGCGUCAAUCAGAAGAUCGAAACCUUCGAUGGGCUCUUAUCAGACAUCCGUGCAAGUCAAACCUGCUCGAGGCCAAAGCUCGUGAGGAUUUGUUGAAACCUCGUCGGGAUGAUGACAUGCUAGUUCGGGGUGAAAUACGGCGUUACUUGCAAUCGCAAAAGUUCCUCCCGGAUGAGAUGCUGAAAAUCGCUGUUGAGCUCCUAGCGUAUGAUGCAGUAUCCGAACCAGACUCAAGCUCGUCUGAUGACAGGCAAGCCAGGGUGGAGCGUGACAUAAUUCGUCUCCUUCACUGUCAUCAAGCGACUCUCAGGCCAAUCUAUACUGAGCUGCUUCGAUCCUCGCCCAAAGCCAGUAUAUUAUACUUAUCUGCAAUUUACGCGACAGGACGCGUCGCGUUUCACUCUGAGCCCCUGUCUUGAUCAGCCCCUCCAUUUCUAUUUGUGUAACAGUAUAAAAUCAACUCUACAUCCUGGCAAUAAUCAACCCUACCAGGUUUAAAGUAGGCCGAUAAAAUCAACUUUACUAGAGUUGAUUUAGUCCUUAGUUACUAGGGUGGUGGUUAAUGUGUUAUCUCAGCAGCCGCGCCUCGAGCAGCAGCUUGACGAUGGCCUUGUGCCUGUUCUUGGCGGCCUGCCAAAGCGGCGUCUGACUAUAUUCCUUAUC